GCUGCUUUCUCGUUCCUUCGCGCUUCCCUUAAGCCCACACGCUCCUCUUUGUCCACGUGUACUCCAGCCUCGAUUACAACAAUGGGCUUCGGUGAUCUGAAAACUCCUGCAGGUCUUAAAGUUUUAAACGAUUUUUUGUCAGAUAAGAGCUAUAUCGAGGGCUAUGUACCAUCCCAGGCUGACGUUGCAGUAUUUGAUGCCCUGUCUGGUGCCCCAUCUACAGACCUGUGCCAUGUCCUUCGCUGGUACAACCAUAUCAAGUCUUACCAGAAAGAGAAGGCCAGUCUCCCAGGAGUGAAGAAGCCUCUCGGUCAGUACGGCCCUGCUGGUGUGGAGGACACGACCAGUUCUGCUGCUCCCGCUAAACAAGAGGAGGAGGACGAGGAUAUCGAUCUGUUUGGUUCUGAUGAAGAGGAGGAUGAAGAGACCAAAAGGAUUAAAGAGGAGAGAUUGGCAGCCUACAAUGAAAAGAAAUCAAAAAAGCCAGCCUUAAUCGCCAAAUCCUCCAUCCUUCUGGAUGUCAAGCCUUGGGAUGACGAGACAGAUAUGUCCAAGCUUGAGGAGUGUGUACGCAGCAUCGAAUUGGACGGUCUGGUUUGGGGCCAGUCCAAAUUCUUGCCAGUCGGUUACGGCAUUAAGAAGCUGCAGAUUGCGUGUGUGGUGGAAGACGACAAAGUUGGAACCGAUCAGCUGGAGGAGCUGAUCACCGCUUUCGAAGACUACGUGCAGUCCAUGGAUGUGGCAGCUUUCAACAAGAUUUAAAACCCCACAGUGAAAUGUUGAGCACAAUAAAAUAGCACUUAAAA